UUUUCUAGGUUGAUAACUGAGUGAAAAAAAUUGAUGUGUUUUGGAAAGUUAACGGAUAGAAAAGCCUGAUACUUUCCUCCAGGAACUCAAGAAAGUGCACACCGGAUGGAGCGAAAUAUCAAAACAGUAAUUAUUGUGAAAAAUUACACGUGAUUCGCUUCCUGAAUUCGACAUCGCGCUAGAUGCCAAAACAAAGAAGUUAUACUCGAUCAGCACAGAAAAAUUUUCUCAUGAAGCGCAGUCUCAUAUCGACAUUGUGAUAGAAACUAAUAAUAAAUAACUGAAACUAGUUCACUGUUGGGAGAAAAUAUCAAGAAUUGAUCUAUAUAUUGGAAAUUACGGGAGAGACCUAGAAAAGAAACCUGACACUUGAUCAUCAGUGUAGAUAAUUACGUUGAGAACUCAAGCUAACAUUGAUAUUGGAAAUUAAAAAGCAAUCAAGCAAGUAGGACUGAGCUUGAUGGGAGAAACCAUGCGAGAUUGAAGGAUGAUGCAGCUUGAUGGACGUGAAAUCAUUGGAAAAUGAUCGCGAUGUGGAGAAACAACGCGUCUGUAGCAGCUUUUUCAGCAAUUGUCCUCGUUUGCUUCAAUGUGGUCGGCGCUGAGGCAUCUCAAUGGAGAGGUUCGCCGCGAUACAGGAAAAUGGGUCGCAUUAGCAGCAGAGGCUACAACAAAGUUCCCGGCUUUAACAGCCCAACCAUAGAUCUGCCCCCAGUCACCGGGAGAGACCAAAACUCAGACAUCGAUCACUUCCUUUCAUCGAUCUCUUCGACGUUUGCUUGGCCUAAGGGACCAGCUUCGUCCUCAUAUUCACUAGGCUCAACAACUCCCAGAAAAUUUCCGAAUUCUUUUUCCAUGUCAACGACCAGCACCGAAUUGCCAAAUGGAUACAAUCCAAGGUCACCAUUAACUUAUAAGCCCAUUACAAAUAUUAAGCUUCUUGAAAAGCUGUCGGCUGCAAAACCGUCGGGAUCGAAGUUCCAAACCAACAGCGACGCGCAAAUUAGCAGAACCUCGAAGCCACACUCAAAAUUUAAUUUUGGUGAAAACGCGAGUGAUGACACUCGAAUUUUCCGCGGAAGUUUAACCUCCAAUUCCCACUCGAACUUUCCUGAUGCGCAUGCUGCAGAAUCUCAGGAUGAAAUGAACUCUUUCCCGUUCUUCAUACCGCCACACUCAGACGAACAUGAAAUAAUUUCUCAUUCGCACUUAUUUCUCAAAGACAGCCAUGAGUCCGCUCUUGAACAAGCCUCUGUUGACGAUAUCAUGUCAUCUCUCAUGACGGGCGCUCGAGAUGAAGGUCCUAUCGUCACAACAGAUUUAAAUUAUUCAAAGACAGGCGGCGCUGAUUCAGACGGACAAAACAGAACUUUGAACCAAACAGAGUCUUUGGAAGACAAUAACGUAACUAUUUCGCAUCUCAAAACGAAUAACGAAACAAACUCAUUCCCAACACCUGCACAAGCUUCUUAUCUUCUUCUCAAAGAAAAACACAAACAGUCUCUUCAAAAUCAAGUUAUGGAAUCGGAGGAAGCCAACCCAGAAGAAAGUUACGUUCCAAGCCUCAGUGUUCCAUUGAUAUCAGGCUCACUUUUACAGCUGAAAGAAAAGUUCAGAAACCAAACGAAUACAGGUAGACCAGUAAUUGGGGAAACAAAAGAAAAGUUCAAUUCUUCUGGGGCAAAUUUACAAGCGACCUCCAAUUCUCAAGAGCUUUUUCCAUCAACUUCCGAAUUUGCUGGUGCGGACGGCAUAUACAAUACACUCAUUGUUAACCAAUCUGAUGUUGUUGAUCCAGAAAGCACGCAAUCCUCGUUAUCAGUGGACAAAAAUGUUACGGUGGUUCCCCAAACUCUUGAGACUAUUUUAACAGAAGAAUCCGAGUCACAAAUAUCGGCGACGGAUACAUCCGACGAAGAUUCUCUGACCUCCACUGAGCACACCCUUUCUCCAGAUUCUGUAACCGAGGUCGCUGUGCUAGCGCCCAAUGAUUUAAAUUCACCCUCUAGUGGUGAUCCAAAAACCAACGUCAGUAAUUCCAAUGCUUCAAAUGAUUUAAUAUCUGGUGAUUCCGAUACCGAUAAUCAUGAUGGAAUAGACGUGACAUCAAUAAACACGACGAAUGUUAUAGGACAGGACACCUUCGAACAAAUUGGGAGCUCGAUAGAUGAAACUACAGCGUCAAGCGGAGAUAAUCUUAACGCUGAAAUGGCAGGCGCUGCUGAUAACCAAAGUUCAGUGUCAUCGCAGGAAAUGGUAAUUGUUAGUGAACAUACGAUGACUGAUAAUGAAAUGAAGUUCACGUCUACCAAUUUUAAUUCAACACAUUUCAACACAACUGCAUCGGUAGGAGCAGAAACGUCGGUACCAUCCAGCACUGAGGAUACAGUUGAGCUGCCACUUACUGUUGAAGGAUCAAUAACCACAAAUUCUAACGAUGCAACUAAUAAUCCUUCAGAUCAUUCAAGCUCACAAUCUGCUGCAUCUACCACAACCUCAGCGAAACCUCCGAUCAUUGAGUCUUUGAAACCCGAAAACCAAACCUUGGAUUCUAUUGUUCUGAAUUUACCACUCAACUCUUCAAACAAUGUUGCAGACAAUUUAAAUGGGAUUACUAUUAUGAGUAAUACCAAUGCAAAUUCCCAGUCGUUCGGAUCAACUGCAACAUCUCAGGAACAAACGCUUGUAACAUCAAGUUAUGCCGAUGGAACGCUUUCACCAACAAAUAUUACAGAAUCCAUCUCAGUCACCAGCAGCGACGUUAGUUCUUUAGUACAAGAAAUUCCGUUUACACCAAACACCACUCCUAUAAAAAAUUCUUCCAUAAUCCCCUCAUACUUACCUCUGAAACUGCAGUUUUUAGAACUGCUCUACAACCAAAGCAGUAGCAAAAUUCCUCUGCAAGCUACUACAACAGCCAGUCAAAUAACUAACACAUUAGCCCCAAAUAACACGAAUGACGCUGAUUAUACAACGGCCACAACUCCUAACUCAAUCACCACAGAAGUUGGUACUAACACAUUCAAUGAAGGCAUUAACGAAGCGAUGACUUUAUUGGUUUCUUCAUUGCAAAAUACCGGAGACAAAAUUAUUCAUGGUAACUCGACUAAUAAUAAUCUUUCAGGGACUAUAUCCACUGCAGUUAAUAUACCAGCUACAUCAGAGAAUGUUGAUCAGUCCUCACAAUCAGCUUUGAUGCCUUCAGAAGCAGCCUCCAUAUCCUCUUUUGUAUCCUCCACAUCUGAUCAAACAACUUCCUCAUUGCCUCAGGCAGCCUCAACAUCCACCCAAGCAGCCUCAACAUCCUCUCAAGCAGCCUCAGCAUCCUCUCAAGCAGCCUCAACAUCCUCCCAGGCAGCCUCAACAUCCUCUCAAGCAGCCUCAACAUCCUCUCAAGCGGCAUCUGCAUCAUCUCAAUUAGGCUCAACAUCCUCUCAAGCAGCCACCGCAUCAUCUCAAUUAGGCUCAACAUCCUCGCAAGCAGCCACCGCAUCAUCUCAAUUAGGCUCAACAUCCUCUCAAGCAGCCACCGCAUCAUCUCAAUUAGGCUCAACAUCCUCGCAAGCGGCAUCUGCAUCAUUUCAAAAUUCAAGUUCUCAAAUAAACUCUACAGCCGGUGAGUCGUCCUCGACAGUAACACCAACUAUCACGCAAGGAUCCUCUUCUGUUUUAAAGCCAACCAUUCUGUCACAAUCGACUGGCUCAUCGAUUAUUUCAAUUCCUGUUGUUUUUUCAACCCAGCCACCACCCACCACCUCCAAGUCGUAUUUGCACCUUAAAGAGAAGUAUCCUUCACUAGAGUUCGGUCAAAACCAGCCUCAAGUAACGAUGAGCAAGGUUACUAGCGAGCCAACAAUGAUUACAAUGCCUAGUUCUUUUCUGUACCUCAAAGACAACUUCUUGAGGUCCACGACUACGAAAAAUCCACUACUAGUUCACUCUUCGAAUCCAAUAGGUUAUUCAUCCGCAACGCACGAUUCCGAUGUUCCGAAAGUGGACAUUACUAUGAACGAAUUUUCAAGUGAUACUAUCUCUUCUCCAGCAACAGUUAAAAGGACAACUAGAGAUGCUUCUAUUUCGAACGAUUUCGAUGGAGGGUCGUUGUCGGAAGAAGAUAAUUUUAUUGAUAUUGAUGACCUGGAGUCAAUUUACCUUGUUACGUCCAGAGAUUCUACUUUACGGUAUACCUCGACCCUCAAACCACCAAUGUUAAUUACAUUCUCGUAUCUGAAUUCAGACAAUAAUUUAAAUGCAUUCAGAGAAGAUAUGAACGAGUCAAUAGGCCAGUCGAAACUUGAGGCAUUAAUCAUGCAAUCAGUAUCCCAGAAAAAUCAACUCAAGAGUAGUACCGCUUCUUUUCAAUCAAUCACCACUGCAAAGCCUUCUUCGACCUCGUCAUCGCUGCAUUUACCUCUGCGCGAUAAAUUGCAAAUGGGAGCUGUGGUGGCAGGUGGGCAAGCAGGAAGUUCAGCAGAUACGUUAAAUCUAAGAUCCUCGUUAAAACCUGGUCAUAUUAUACAAAGUCACAAAGAGGGGGCUGUUAUCAACCCUGUUCCCGUAGAUUCUGUAUUCCUUCCUGCAACAUCAUCGAAUUACGUCUGGCAGGAGAGACCUGAUCAUCCUAUGUACUUGACCCCUGUCGACGCAGCGUCCCGCACUGAGAACCCUGAAAUUGGGGCCCCUGUUACUUAUCUUCCGUUACAAGAGAAUUUCGGACACUUGUUGCAAAAUUUAUCGUCCGAUACCCACAUCAUAGAUGAAGAUUAUUUCCAGUCAACUGAUGGUGAUUUCGGAUCUUCUCCCGAAAUUUUGGCUAUUGAUGACUAUGUUGACACUACUAAAAAUGACAUUUCUCCUACUGUUGAAAUCUCUGGAUCUAGCGCAAACAACGGGUUUCCUGAAGAAGACCUAAUCAAUAAUUUUAUAGUAGAAGCUCCUCAGUUUGCUACUGAUGAAUCUGUAGUUCCUGUCUCAUCGCUAAUAACAUCUCAGGAAAGAACUGAAAUGUUCCUACCUGACACUCCUAACGUUCCUGAUCAAAAAUUAUCUCCUUUCGUCGACCUCAAAAUUAAAUUCAACAGCACAACCAUGUUCAAUUCAAAUCAUUCCAAUGAAAUGGGAGGAUCUACUGCCAAUAUUUCGAGCUUUCCAUCUGAAACCAUUCCAAUAAGUAAUUAUUCUUACAAUGAUCCUUUUCGGCCCAAUUUUGACAUCUUAGAACAAUUAUCGACCAUUGUGAAAUACGUUCAGGAAGAUGAUAAUCACAAGGAUUCCGAGUCGUUAACAGAAAAUCUCGUGGUCGAUCCCAACUCCGGUGUGUCCCCAGAAAACCCAGUUUUGGAUCCCAAUGCCUUUUACACUGCGGGAGCAGUGACUUACUUGAAUAACUCUCACCAGAAACUGAGACCAACUAACGAACAACAGGACAAUCGCUUGAUGCUGCUAAUGUAUCAGCAGCAUUUCGCAGAGCUCGAAAGGCAACAAAAUCUUUUAAAUUCUGAAAUCUUCAAGAGAAACUCCAGUCAAAACCCUGUAAUGACUCCAAGAACACCAGAAUUAUUACGGGCGACCACAACAAUAAGACCGCUUAAUAAGACAGCUUUGUCUCAACAGCUGCUCCGAACUCCAAACCCUUACUCCACCAUUACAGCUUCUUCGGCACCCACGAGGUCCCCUGCUCAUGACAAAGAAUGUUUGAACCCCAGCGUGCGUUACAGCUGCGCCUCCUGUGGCGCCAUGGUCAUGUGUAUUGGUACUGAAGCAUAUUUAUACGCCUGCAAUUAUCCUAAGGAAACGUGUCAUCGAGAUCCGAUUUUUGGUGGCGGCGUCUGUCGUAGAACCAUGAACCCUGAAUGCAGCUGUGUACCUGGAGACUCGGUGAAGCCCGACCCAUACGACUACCGGGCCUUUGCCAACUGUUUUGGGACACUCGAGAUGUCCAUGGGAACCUGCCUUGAAGACGAGGAGCUACAUCCGCUCACAGAAGAAUGUUCUCCUAUUCCUGAAAUGCCUCACUGUCAUGACUUGGGCACCUUCCCUAACCCUAAUGACUGUCGCUGGUAUUACGUGUGUCUGUGGCCCAGCCACAGCGGAAACUACAAACAAACAUUGGUCAGAUGUCCCCAUGGUCAGCUGUUCAGUAGCGUACAACGAGUUUGCAUGUCGCCGGAAGAUAUGCCUCAAUUUGAUGCGUGUGAAGGAAUCCACUUCGAAUCUCUGAUUCCAAUUUCUUCGCGACCACCGCAUAUUUUUACUGAUGAUGUUAAUCUAACUACAUUAGGCGAAAUGAAUUCUAACAGCCGGAGCGAUCAAAACGCAACUGACGGCAACACUGAAAUCGAUUCAGACGUUCUGAUUGUGACAGAGAACUAUGCAGGUACAGAAACAUUGACUAGUAGUAGUAGUAGUUCCACUUCACCUACUACUUCAACUACGCAAGCUACAACUUCUACUCGUGCACCCGUUGUGCGUUUCAACCCUACUGUUCGAGCAGUACCAGCCCCACCUGCCGCCAUCCCUACCACAACAACCACCACAACCACCACGGUGGCGACCACGGAGUCUCCCAGGACUUACACUUGCCCGUUGAUCGUUGCCCUGGUAAUUUACUGGUACCCUGAUAUUGUUAGCAUGGCCUGCUCAAUAACUUGAAUGGAUGCGAUCUAGAACAAACUAAAUACUCAUAAUUAGUAGAAGAAUACUUUGACAAUGAUUUUUUCUUGUUUUAUUUUCUAUUAAGUGCCUGUAAACUCCAUGUUUCACGCACGAAACAAAAUAAACUGAUUAUUUUAUACGUCAUACAUUAUGGCUUCUAGUUUAUAUAUUAAUUACCUAUAAAAAUAGACCGAUAUUUAACUAUCUCCACUCAUCCUUCCUUAUCUUCACUCAUCCAACUGCUCAGCGAGCUUGAUCAUUAAUAGAUCUUGGUUUUACGUGUCAAAUAGACCUACAAUGGCUUUGAAAAAAAAGGUAAAAAAGAGAGUUUAAGAAAGAACCAUGCAUUUCAGUGAGUUAUGAUAUGAAUGAAAGUUGGCAAUAUAGCAUCGACCAUAGUCAUUUCUCAAUCGAGUUAAUUUACAGAACAUCAAAAUAAGGCGUUAGUGUGCCGAAUAGCAUUAGAUUUUUUCAACGGCCUAGUGGUUUUUCAAAAUAUGUUCAUGUAAAAGAUAGAAUUUACCAAAAAUAAAUAACAUGUAUCCCGAUGUAUUCUCUCUCUCUUAAUACUCUCCGGGUGUUAUUUUCCUGACUACAUUUAUUUGAAUGCUUUAUAGUAAAUGGCCUAUUGCUCUAAUCAAAAUAUAUGAUCAAAGUAGGAAAUACUUAGCUUCUAUACGUUAUGUACAGAUCAUUUGUUUAUCAGUAUUAAUUAUCUAUUUAUUUAUUUAUCCAAAUAUUUAGUUGAUUAGCGCCAGUCCGGUUUAGAUGUAGGGUUUUACACCAUGGCAUUAAAAUUGAAUUUGAAUAAUUUCCGACAGUAGAGUCUUCUUAACCUUCUUCAGGUGAAGAAUUCAUUUAGCAGUUUAUAAGGUCUUAUCAAGCUCACUACAUACUUUCUUUACAAUUUAUUUAUAUGCAUUUCAAAGUAAUUAAGAACAUGAUGAAAAUACCGCCAAAAAAUCACCAGUUUGUGCCUUUAGGAGUUGUGUCGACUGCCUUGUAAAUCUCGUAUUGUCUUUUGAAACCCGUCUUCCACUUAAUUAAACUUUAUAAUUUCAUAUUAAUACAUAUUGAAUUAUUUGUCACAGCUUAGAGAUACUUGAGGAUGACUUUCGAUAGAUUGUAAAUUUACUUUGCGUAAACGUGUGUUGGGACAUAAUAAAAACAUCGCGUAGACUUUUAUUCGGACACAAUAAGAAAUUCGCGUAAAUGUAUGUUGGGACAUAAUAAAAACUUCGCGUAAACGAAUUUUGGGACAGAAUAAAAACUUCGCGUUAGCGAAUGUUGGGACAUAAUAAAAACUUCGCGUAAACGUAUGUUGUGAGUUGUGACACAAUAAAAAUAAAGUAAUAUCUCAGAAACUCGAUAGUUCGGGGCGUAAAUUCAAUAAAAACGGCAUUGCAAAAAGCAAGGGAUGACAAAUUUAUACAUGGAACUUUUCAAGAAGACGAUAACUGCAUGUUCAUAGAAUUAUCUCAUUUAUAAACACAUAUUUCGUUA